AUGGUUGGCGCACCCUCUGGUGCUGCUGAUAACCCCUGGAACUCCUUUGACCCCUCUGCAUUUGCCGCACAGCUUUUUAACCAAUUCACCGACACCCACCCUUCCAACGCUACCAACACUACCAAAGCCAAUGAGUCCGAGGACCAUAUACCCGACGCCGACAUUUUCGACACUGAAUCCGCCUAUGUUGUUCACGUCUCGCUUCCUGGUGCCAAAAAGGAAGACGUUGGUGUGAAUUGGGAUGCAGAGAAGAGUGAGCUAAGCAUUGCCGGUGUCAUAUACCGCCCUGGUGACGAGGAGUUCUUGAAGGCACUUGCUAUGAAUGAGCGCAAGGUUGGAGCCUUCGAGAGAAAAAUUCGUCUUGGAACGAGGGCGAACCCAGCAAACGUCGAUACUGAUAGUAUCACAGCAAAGCUCGAGGACGGUGUCUUGAGGGUUGAGGUACCGAAGCUGGACUCUGGUUUCGUUGAGAUCCGCAAGGUGGAUAUCGAAUAG